AUGACAAUUCCCGUAGUCUCAGUGGGUGCAACUGUGGUCAAGGCUCUGCCCAAGAUAGUACCAGCCCUUGGCGCCGCUAAAGGUGCCGUCGCGGCUAUUGGAAGUGCCGCCUCGACUGUUGUGGGCGUUGGGAAGUCUGUGGUUGGCAUUGGAGCCGCUGCCAAGGCGUUUGGCGGCGCCAUUUCCGCCGCCGCGGGCAUCGGAGGUCUCGGCAAACUUGCCGUCCUGCCCAUCCUCAUCUCAUCCCUCAUCUUCUACAACUACGACCUCUUCGAUCCAGAGAAUCGACCCUUCAACGUCAAGCAGGUCGACAAUGAGUACGAUUUCAUUGUGGUCGGCGGAGGAUCAGCGGGAUCCGUCGUGGCGUCGCGCCUAUCAGAGAUUCACGACUGGAAAGUGCUCCUUCUGGAAGCUGGUGGCCAUGAAACAGAAAUCUCCGACGUUCCCAUACUCUCACUCUACCUCCACAAGAGCAAAUUGGAUUGGAAAUACAGGACGCAACCACAGAAAUCCGCCUGUCAAGCCAUGAUUGAUCAGAGAUGUUGCUGGACGAGAGGAAAAGUCCUCGGCGGCUCGAGUGUCCUCAACACAAUGCUGUACAUUCGCGGCAACAAGAGAGACUUUGACCAGUGGGAGCAAUUGGGCAAUCCAGGAUGGGGCUAUGAGGACAUCCUGCCCUAUUUCAGGAAGUCCGAAGACCAGCGGAAUCCCUACUUAGCUGUGAAUAAGAGACAACACGGAACUGGAGGCUAUCUGACUAUCCAGGACUCUCCGUACAACACCCCCUUGGGCAUCGCCUUCCUCCAGGCCGGCGAAGAGAUGGGCUACGACAUUGUGGAUGUGAAUGGUGAGCAACAGACGGGAUUCGCCCUGUAUCAGUUCACAAUGCGUCGAGGAACGCGAUGCAGCACAGCCAAAGCCUUCCUCAGGCCAGUUCGUCUGCGGAAGAAUCUCCACGUCGCCCUCUUCAGUCACGUCACUCGAGUCAUAAUUGAUCCAGCAACCAAGAGAGCUCUUGGCGUGGAAUUCAUAAGAAACGGCCAACAUCAGAAGGUCUUUGCCAAGAGAGAAGUUAUUCUGUCUGCCGGCGCCAUUGGAUCACCACACUUGCUGAUGCUCUCCGGCGUUGGUCCGCCGGAUAAUCUGCGUAAAGUCGGAAUUCCAGUCAUUCAUCCACUGCCAGGAGUCGGUCAGAAUCUUCAGGAUCACAUCGCCGUGGGUGGAUUGGCGUUUCUAGUGGACAAACCCAUCAGUCUUGUCAUGGGACGCCUCGUGAAUCUCAACUCAGCCAUCAGAUAUGCCACAACAGAAGAUGGACCGCUCACGAGCAGUAUUGGACUCGAGGCGGUGGGAUUUAUUAGCACAAAAUACGCUAAUCAGACAGAUGAUUGGCCAGACAUUGAAUUUAUGCUCACGAGUGCCUCGACAAGUUCCGACGGAGGCACUCAAAUCAAAAAUGCUCACGGCUUGAGUGACGAUUUCUACAACGAAGUCUUCAGUGAAAUCAACAACAGAGACGUCUUUGGCGUCUUCCCCAUGAUGCUUCGUCCACGCAGUCGUGGCUACAUGAUUCUCCACUCGAAGAAUCCCCUCAGACAUCCUCUACUCUAUCACAACUACCUAACACAUCAGGACGAUGUGAAUGUGCUGCGCGAGGGCGUGAAAGCCGCUCUCACCCUUGCCGAAACCGUGGCCAUGAAGCAAUUUGGCGCCAGAUUUCACAGCAAACAGCUGCCCAAUUGCAAGCACUUGCCCCACUUCACGGACGAAUACUGGGAAUGCGCCAUUCGGCAGUACACCAUGACCAUCUAUCACAUGUCAGGCACGACCAAGAUGGGCCCCUCCUGGGACCCAGACGCCGUGGUGGAUCCCCAGCUCAGGGUGUACGGCAUCAAGGGCCUGAGAGUGAUCGACGCCAGCAUCAUGCCAGUGAUCACGAGUGGCAACAUCAACGCCCCAGUCAUCAUGAUUGGCGAAAAGGGAGCGGAUUUGGUGAAGGAUCUCUGGCUGCAGGACAUGCCAACAACCUACCGAGGACGAAGGCAACUGAAUGAAACCGGUGAUGCGACCGCAAAUGCGACAGAGAACGAGAAUUAGUCACUCCGUUGAGAUUUACUAGGGAAUAAUAAAUAAUUACCAAUUCAAAACCCCCUUCAUUAAAUUAAUUCCAUCAUAUGUAUAUGUUAUAUUGAGUAAGUUAGGAUGAAAUUAGACGGAAAACUACGCUCUGAUGUAGAUAAAUGUGUAAAUAAUUGUUAUAUGUCAAAUUUGUGUGAAUAAA